CAAAGUCUAAAUGCGAUCGCAGCUGCAGCGCCAUGGCAACCGCCGACCAUCCGCGCCUCCUCCUCCCUCGCUUCCUCUCUCUCGACGUCUGCAAGGAACUGGAGUUCAUUCACCGCAGCUGCAGCACCGUCGGUUACCGCCCUAACGUGUUCUCCACCACUCUCUCUCACCUCAUCGCCACCGACUGCGGUCACCUGAUCCUCCCCUUUCUUUCUAUCAGAGAUAGGAUCAAGGAGAAGGUCGAGGGCUUCUUUGGCUGCGAGUUCGAGCUCUUUGUCGAGUUCACUGGCCUCAUUAGUUGGUGCAAAGGAGCAUACAUUGGAUGGCACAGUGACGACAACAGACCGUAUCUGGAACACAGAGACUUUGCGGCAGUCUGUUAUUUGAACAAUCAUGAAGAGCAUUUCAAAGGUGGACUUUUCCGCUUUAAGGAUGGGGGGCCCUCCUUUGUUACUCCUGUUGCUGGAGAUGUUUUGAUGUACACAGCAGACAUUCGCAACAUUCAUUCUGUGGAUGAGGUACUUGAUGGUGAAAGGCUUACGUUAACUCUGUGGUUCACCCGUAACAAUGAGCAUGAUGAGGAUGCCAAGCUGAUAUCCCUCCUGUCUCAAAGACUACUUAACUGUGAGGUUGAAACACUGAAGUUUUGCUUCCCUUCCCCUCCACCAGACAAUAUGUAUUGGUUCUCUCAUGAUCAAUUUGGUUUUGACAUUCGUAAUGCCAGACUUAACAUCCUUGGUUUUCAACUUUUUUCAUCUUGCAAUGGGGCUGAUUCAUCUUCAGACCCUCUGGAGCUUCUUAGCAAACCAUUACGACUGGGUCGAGGUGAUGAAAUAUUUCACAAGGAAUUUGCUAAUGGUUUGCAUGCUCUUCAGGCUAUAAUGUUGGUCCUGAUCAUGAUAGCAGUUAAAAGCAAGGAAGAGGGCAGUAUUUUCUAUCACAAGGAUCACCAAUAAUUGACUGCCUUGCUAAUUUCUCCAACGGUUUAAUCUAACUGCAAGUCCUCAUUUUACUCAACAGGAAGCAUCUGAUCAAUGAAGAAUCUGCAGCGGUAUAUUCUAAUGGAUUCCACGACAAACCCUCAAUCAUGUAUCAGAUCUAUCAGCUAUACAUUUUUCAAGUAUUUUUGCAGCAGGCAUACCUUAGUUUUGGCCAAAAAACUAUGGGUAUUUUGUCCUGUAUAAGAUGCAUCCUUUCGUUGAGCGGAGGAAUGGAGCACUCUUGUUGCAUUGAGAAAAGGGCUUAUCAGCUUAACAUGCUCCCAUAUCUACUAAUCUACUCUACUGUAGCCAUUGGAUUUCUCUGCUUGGUGUUUGCUUGCAAGUUGAAGAACUUGCAUGUGCAAUGAAGAUAUUUGAGUAAUUUAAUGAACAAUAAUUUCCUUAUCUAGUUGAAGCGAAUCGAAAUUGGAUAAGAAUGAUGGCACAUUGAACCCCUCAUUGUAGUCUGUAUAACUUGUCGGAUAUCAAAGAAUGUUCGUUGAGCUCUGGAUUUUUUAGUAAUGGGAGCAACAUGCUCACAGACUAAACUAGAAAGAAAUGAUCAAGAAAAAGUACGUUAAGAGGAGGUGAUAAGAAGAAUUUGAAGAUGAAAAAGACUAAUAUAUGUUUCUGAGUCGAUGUGUCACGCUGCUCCAAAUCGAUGAUCUAUGCUAGUGUAAUGCAAUAUUGUCAUAAUGUCAUUCCAUUAGAU